GCAGAGGCGGCGGCCGACUCAUCGCCCGUCCCAGCGGCGGGCGAUUGGAACGAGGGCGACGCAGACACGAUGAACGAGGAGCACGGCGACGGCUGGUGCGGCAGCAAGAUGGCCGCGGUGCUCCGAGAGAUCAAGGAGGCCCGCGAGCUGUGCGGCAAGCACGGCCAAUGGAAG